AUGCUUUCCGCCGCGGAAUGCAUCCCUCUCUCGUCGGUAUCUCGCGAUCUGCAUGCAAUCGCGCGGCAGUAUGUGUUCGCGUCAAUCACCGUUCGUACCAUGAAAAAGCUCGUCAAGAUGCACGACCACCUCAUCCGUAACGUCGACAAUCGCCUGAUAUGGCCUCGUGGAUUGACUAUCUAUGGUCCGACGGGGAUGGGAGCAGCCUGGCAGCCUUCAGCCAUCAAUGCGCUGGUAGGCAUCUUCAAGCACGCGCGGGAACUGAAGGUUCUGGAGCUCUACGGUUGUGAGGAGGCUAUCUGUUGCAAUAAGCUGGUCGGAGAGUAUCUGGCUGCGCUGCCGAAUCUCACGGACAUAAGCCUGCUCGGCGUCGGGACGAAGACACUCGAUGUCCUACACAAAAUGGUCAGCAGACCGGAGAAAGCAGCGCUGUCGGCCACGCUUAAACGCGAUCGAUUCGCGACACACAUCGUUCGAGCACCCGUACUUGACAACGUCAAGGAGCUCAAGCUCUAUCAGUUCGACGGGGUACCUCCAGUGCAGCUUCUUUCGAGCCCUGCUGGUGCCCAUCCACAGGUAGAAAGUCUGCAUUUGGGUGUUUGUGCCGUGCAUCCCUGUCUCAUCCUGUUUCCCAACAUACGAAAGUUGACAACCAACAUCUGCCAGUUCGACCUACCAGUUCCUGGCCAUCAGAUAAAGCAACGUCGUUUGGGCCACUUGGCGGUUGAGCCAACCAAACUCCAUCUCAUCUCUGCCCUAGGCAUCCGCAGCGAUUACCUGCGUCUAUACGCCGAGUGGCAGGAUUUCUAUCCUUCCAAAGACCUCGUUUCCGCCGCCGCCGUUUUGGAGUUGAGCCUGUACUGCUACACAGAGACCUUCAUGGCAUUGGCACAGAUUAUCUCAGCAGAACUGUCACGAAUCAGAUACCUUGUCUUGAGGAUCGAAGUCUUGUAUUCAGCGUAUUCAGUGGUGGCCCAGUGGAUGAAGGAUAUUCCCUCUUUGCUGUCGCCCUCGCAACUCUUUUGCAUACGGGUUCAUGCGACCCGCGUGAUUGAUACGGAACCAUCGCGUGAAACACGGCUAGACUUGCUGCAACGAUUGCAGGACGCCCACGUUUCCGCAAUACCCUCGCUUCGGUUCUACUUCCAGGUCCUUGGCGAGAGGCACGCAGACAAUUCCUCGAAUUUUACCUGGGGGCGCGUCGAGGGCGAUGGCGGCCAUCGCACGGUGCGGCCGAUUCCCAGUUGGCAAGGCGAGAGGAUCCAUAGCUACCUGCAGUCUCCGGAGUUCUGUCGCACGUUGCGAUUUAAUGAGGAAGCUGCCCUGCAAUACACCGGCCAGUGA